AUGGGGGUUCAAGAGGACGGUUCCGUGGUAGACGUGUCAGAGGCUGUGGAGUGCAGGUCGGCCGAUGAGGACAUUGUGAAGGUACGUGAUGGCUUCGUCUGCCUGUCUCCCAAGCCCAUCCGGGAAAGCGAAGACGAGGAGGACGAGGAGAAGAAGGGGCGAGGCUGCUCCCUGCAGUACCAGCAUGCCCUGGUGCGCGUCCUCACCCAGUUUGUGACCGAGUCAUCUGACUUGGGUCAGCUGACCUACAUGUUGGGCCCAGACUGGCAGUUUGACAUCACUGACCUUGUGACAGAGUUCAUGAAGGUGGAGGAGCCCAGAGUCGCCCAGUUACAGGAUGGCAGGACCCUGGUUGGUGGGGAGCUGGGAAUCACCACUGUUCAGGUCCUCUCCCCUCUCUCUGACUCCAUCCUGGCUGAGAAGACAGUGAUUGUCCUGGAUGACCGCAUCACCAUCGUGGAGCUGGGUGUGCAGCUGGUGGCUGGCUUGUCCCUCUCCCUGCAGCCUCACAGGGUGGACUGAAGGGUCAUCGUCUCCACAGUGGCUGCCCAGGAUGUCCUCCAGGCCCCACAGCAGGAAGCCAUAGUCAGUUCUUGGAUUUUGUUCAGUGAUGGCUCCGUGACACCUUUAGACAUUUAUGAUCCCAAGGAUUUUUCCAUAACUGUCUCAUCAUUGGAUGAAAUGGUGGUGUCUGUCCAGCCAAACUUGCAGUCCCAGUGGCCGAUUGUGGUUGUAGAGGGCGAAGGACAAGGGCCCCUGAUCAAGUUGGAGAUGAUGAUCAGCAAGCCUUGCCAGAAGACCAAGAGGAAGAGUAUUCUUGCUGUGGGUAAAGGAAGCGUCAAGGUCAGGUUUGCACCAGGCAUCAAGGAGGAGCACAGAGGAGGCAGCAAUGACAUUGAGGGCAUGAACCGGGAAUACAAAGAUCACCUGAGCAACUCCAUACAGCAGGAAGGGAGCCAGGAGCGAGCAGUCCACGAGUGGCUCCAGUGUGGGGGCCCUGCUGGCCCAGAGGACAGGACCAACAGGAGCACAACCCUGCCGCUGCCUGGGGAAGGGAAGGACAAGAAGUUGCUCAAGAGUGGUUUUGCAGAUGCCUUCACCAGCUUCCCCACCCAGGGGAAGUUUCCAGAAUCCAGUAACCCUAGUGACCUUACAGAGGCCUCCAGCAGCUUGACGGACUUGGAGAUCGGCAUGUACACCCUGCUCUGCAUCUUCUGCCUGGCCAUCCUGGUCUUCCUGAUCAACUGUGUGGCAUUUGCCUGGAAGUACAGACACAAAAGGCUUGCGGUGAGCGAGCAGGGCAACAUCCCCCACUCCCACGACUGGGUCUGGCUUGGGAACGAGGUGGAGCUUUUGGAGAACCCAGUGGACAUCACGCUCCCCUCAGAGGAGUGCACGACCAUGAUAGACAGGGGGCUGCAGUUCGAGGAGAGGAACUUCCUGCUGAACGGAGGUUCCCAGAAGCCCUUCCACAGUCAGCUGCUCAUACCUUCUGACUCUGUCUAUGAGAAAGGGAUGAAAAACGAACCUGUAAACUCUUCUGGCCCGAAGAGGAAGAGGGUCAAAUUUACUUCCUAUACCACCAUCCUCCCCAAGGAUGGGGGCCCGUACACCAACUCCAUCCUGUUUGACAGUGAUGACAGCAUCAAGUGGGUCUGCCAGGACAUGGGGCUGGGGGACUCACAGGAAUUCAGAGACUAUAUGGAAAGACUGCAGGACCAGAUGUAAACUCCUUUCUUAUGUUGUAUUCACCUUUAUGCCUUCUGUUUUCUGAAAGGUGGAGCAGUGAGUCUGAUCAGCAAUAGGGUGAUUUCACAAAGCUGAGUUCGUGGAGGUCUGGAGGGAGCCCUUUCUAAGCAUGUUUCAGAGGCCUGGAGAGUUACAUCAGCUGGGUUUUAAGCUGGGAAAUGCCUCUAAAACAGCUACAUGUAGGGACUGGAGGAAUUCUGUGACAACAAACAGUUUUGCCUACAGCCUGGUACCAGCUCAGUGCAGGUAGAGUAAACCCGACCCCACAGACAUUGUUAGUCAUCUCAUGGCGAAUGGCUGUGUGUAGUGAGGAGAGAGUUGGAUGGUGAUUUUCCUGUUCCUAGACCUUUUAAAGCACAGUGGGCAGGUACAGCCUGUGGCCUGGGUUUGGACACAUGAGAGGUGACUGAAUGUAGCUAUCCUUAUUUGUUAGGAGCGCUGCUCAGUAUUUUUAUAUACAUUUCCACCUGCACCUGUUCCUUUGACAUCUGGAAUUUUUUUUGAAACAUGAAGAGAAGAAAUUUUAGUCUUUGAGAUCUGUGUGAUUUACAAAUGAGUUUUAUUCCCUGGGAAUUGCCGCGUCACGUCAUUUCCUGGGUCUCCAUACAGGAUGUCAGGUUUUUCAAGUAUGGAGCACAUCUUUCUUUAGUGACAGCAUCUAAGAAGCUUAUUCUCACUUUCUUUUUCAUACCUUUUGCUGUUGAACUUUCUUGGGUAUGACUGGGACAGGGGUUUUGCUUAAAAUGUUGAUAUCCAGUGAGGGAGGGUCAUCUCUUUACAUUUUUCUAUGUGAAGUUUAAAACAACUUGAAGAAAAGUUGUGAACACACACAUUUAUUUUUGUCCUCUGUUUGCUAAGAAUCCUGGGGAGCUCCUGGAGUACACUGCUGAGGGCAGAAAGCCCUUAGGGAGCAGUGAUUAUGCAGGUUCUUUGUAGUCAACACAAUGUACCAUCCAAACUGAAUCUAAAGGUAGAAUCCAUCUACAUCUGCGCUGAAGGGAAAUUGUCCAGGAAAUAGCUUCCAAUUAAACUUUCCAUUUUACCAGAAAAAAAGAAAAUUAAAUGAUGUUUCAAGUUAGCAAUACAUAUAAAUCAUCCAUACAAUAACUAUCUUCACAGGUGUACGUUUGUGGGAAAAGCAAUGGGUUCCUCCCAGAAUUCACAAAAAUAAAUGACUGUUCCAGAGCCCAGGAAGCAGCUAUUAUGAACAAAAUAUAGCUAUUGAAAAAUCAAAGUGCUAAGAGGAAAAAAGUGAUUCUUGUAUAAUUUUUAAAUAAAAAUAUUUAGAAUCAUCAUGAGUCAUCAUCUCAAAGCAAGAAUUUCAGAUUAGCAAAAUGUGAUAUUUUUAUUUAUUAAGAUGCUAUAGGUGGAAAAGCAGACACUGGAAUAAUCUGUCUCAUUAUGAGUUAACUGAGCCAUUUGCAUCCCUAAGAAAUGGAAUUUGAAAGGCCCAAAGUAGGAGGCACAUGCAGCAAGUCACCCUUACUCCCAGUGGAUGACAACUGAGCUAUUCAAAAGAGAAUUGUUUUCAUUCAAUUGCUCUCUUAUUUUAGAUUCUCAUGGAUGGAAACUUGACAACUCAGCCUCUUCUAGCCAUGAAGCAGCAGCCAGAAAUUUCUCCUAUCCUAUAUCUCUUGAAUGCCACAAACAGGGCUGAAAUUGCAGGUGGUAUAGUGGUGACCUCAGAGGCUGGUAUUGAAUUGGUUUUAUAAGUAUUUAAAAUGGCACUUAGGAGCUGAAGCCAGGGACUGCAGAGAGCUUCAACUUAACUGGAGAAUGAAGUAGAAUACCUAGGCCUUAACUGCAAAAGGAGUUUGCAGGACAGCUGGCGCCUUUUAGGAAGAGCUCCCUGGUUAGCCAGUGGCCUUUCAGAAGGCUUAGUGGGAAGGUAGCACAGAACAACUGUGAGGACAGAAGAGAGUUCAUGCCUGGGAUGGAUGCACAGCCAAGCUAUCCAGGAAGUCUGGCUCCUUCUAGGAGAUGUUUUCAGUUCCAUCUUCUUUUGGAGCUUCAAUAUCAAAGAAAUAAUGGAGGUCCUUUCUGAAAGUGAAGAGUGUGAAUUGAAGGGGAGGAGUUUACUCAGCAGACUGCCUCCCAACCACUGGCACAUCAAGACUUUGGUGGGGGCAUAGUUUGGGAGGAAUUGCCAUUGUCGUGGGGAGCAUCACUAAGGAACAUACAAAUCGGAGCCUUUCCUGAGGUGGGAACAUGGGGCAGGGACAGAGAGCAAAAAGGGAGUAUUGGGUUGUGCCAGAUCAGCCUAAAUGGAGCUGGAUGCUGACCAUGAUCCUGAAGAAGCUUCUGGUGGACAACACAGACUCACCCAGCAUGAAUCAGCGCCCAUAUAGUCACCUGUGCUCCUUCACAUUAGAGUUCAUUUAGUUCAACAUGGAGGAAGUCAAAUGGAAGAUCAUGGGAAAAGGUCCCUUUUACCAUAUAAUAUCUACUCACAAACACAUAUACAUAUGUACACAGGUGUGUGCUUGAAGCUGAAGAGUCAAAUGUAGACCAUUUAGUGGGACUCGAGUGACAGUUGUUUUCAGAUGUGGCAUGGACAUCUUUCAUUGAAGUAUUUUAUGCUCCUAUUUACUGCAGAGUAUAAACCAUGGGUUAGAUCACCUUGUUUUCCAGCUAGUCAGCCACAGCUAUUAAGCACUACACCUCAAGAUACCUAAACCCAAAUGGGAACAACAUAAACUAUUAAGCCUUGAACUCCAGUUUCCAGUCCCCAUGCUUUCUCCUGUCUUCAUUCUCUGGGUUUUCAUGGUUGAGAUAUUCAGAUCCUGGGGCUCGAUGAAUAACCUAGCUCCAGGUUGUCAAGGGCUGCCAAGUCCCCUUUUCCCCAUAGAGUGGCAUGCUCAGACUCCUCCUGAGGGAGGAACCAGCAGGUGUUUGGAGAGGGCUGCAGGCUGUGGACAUUGGUCGCAGGCAGGGAGCUUGAGAUGUGAGCUGAGGACUGCGUUGCUUGGAGCAGUUGAAGAUGUGCAGUCACUGUCUCCAGGUCCCAGUGUUCCUCUUUCAAGUCCAGAGUACAGGGACCAAGAAGCAGCUGCCAGACCAAAAAGCCUGCUUUAAACAUAGGUGUGCUGCAUUUGAGAGAGCAAGAAGAGGAAGAAAAAGAUCCAGCAAACCCCAGAAUACUCUGUGUACCAAGAGGAGGAACAUCACCUUCCUAGCUGUUGCACACAGUGGCCAGGGUUAAUUCCCAGCCUACAAUAAUCCUCCAUAUCUACACAGAAAGUUUCGAUUUAUGCACAUGAAUGCAGUGAAAACAUGGAUGGUGUUUCUGUCCCAUCACCAUAUCUGGAGAUAUGUACUUGCUGAUUUUUAAGUUUUAAGAAGUCCACCUUUGUGUAAAUCGAUCAGCUUUUUAGAAAGGGAUCUUUCUAAUAUUGGCAAAUUGAGACCAUAGUAAAAGUUUUGUCAGCAAAGAUCCAUUCAGUCCACUGAGGGUGGCUUCAUCUGAAUCCUUCAUGCCACUGGCACCAUUGGGCUUUCUACUCUAAUCAUCUUAAAAACUAUCUUAAUUCUCCAUUUUGGUCUCUGUAAAUGACACCUCAGAUGGUUUAUAAACUUAGUAACCUUCCUCUCAAUUAAAAUUACAUAUGUGUUCUGUGACGUACAUCACCUGUAUGUAAAGGGACAGGUUGGAUGGUGGAAAAGCUAUGCUGAAAUGUGCAUAUUAGAUAUUUUUGUAUGUAAUAUAGACAUUACACUGAAACUCUGAGAGGUGUAUCAGAAUAAACACAUUUUAAAAUAAAAAGCAUGCAAAACUGUAGCAUUUAAAUGUACAGACCUCCAACUCAAAAAUAUCUCAACUGAUGAUGGGAAAAACAUUAGGACCUGACAUCGUGAAAUGCAUUGAGUUAGGAAUUCUGGCCUGGAAAGGACGUGGCUCAUGUUGGCAAUGUUGAUGAAACUUGCUGGAAUAUUUUGAUUUUACUCUUCAUUACUUUUGGAUCUUUCCUUUUUUCCUGGAAAUAUUUCAGAAAUAACGUGACUUCACUUUUUCAGCAUAUUGGUAUAUUCUAACCACAGGGUAAUUCAUCGUUUUUAACAUGAAAAUAAACAUUUAAACAUUCUUCAAUUGUUUCAUUAUUUUACCUACAUGUUCCUUUUCUAAUUUCAACUUCUAUAUGAUUGGCUAUAUUUAUAGAUACAUAUAUUUUUCUUUUCAGCCAUCAUCCUUGAUGACGUAAUAAAUGGACACCAAAACGAAAUAUUCCCUAAAAGUCAAAGAUGACUUUGAGAUUUAAAAAUUUUCCCAUUUGUUUUCCUAACAGGCUGGGGAAACUUUCCAGAUGUCUUACAAAAAGGACUCAUUUCUCAUGUCUCUGUUGAGGGUCAGACCACCUUGAAAUCAGGGCUAAAGUGCAAGGUGCAGUGGGUGUUUGGUAGUGUGAUAAUUGGCCACCCUCUUGCUUUCCCUGGUCAGUGACUUGGUUUUGUGGAUGCAUUUGGGCAGUAGCUUUGCAUGGGCUUGAGCCUGGGUGCUGAGGAUCCAGAUGGAAACUCUAGAGAUGCAAAUGAGACAUAGGACAGCUGGGGCCUCUGCUUCGAAGAUGAGAUAGCUGGUUCAUUUGAGGGACUGGUGGGUGUGUUGGCCAAGUACCUAAGGCUGCAAGUGCAUUUCUUGAAACUGCCAGUGUUAUCUUUGGCACUUUGGCAAAUACUACCCAUUGUUCCCAUGGUGCAAAUGAGUGUCUCCGGCAGUAACUUGGCAUGUCGUAAAUGUUUCAUGCCACACCUGGUCUCUCAUCAGACCCUUCAGACCCCUGUAAAUGCUGGCUUGUGAAAUCUAGGCUGUGAGGUAGCAGGCUUUCUUGCUUAUUUAUAAAAUGUUUGGCUCAUUUGGCAGCAAAUGAGCCAAAAAACUUUGCUAGGUAUACAAACCCACCCCCAUCAGGAAUAUUUUUCAGCACUUGGGUAAUUGUUACCCACUAACAGCUUUCAAAGCCUCUUUCUCCUUGAAACAUGGGAAGUCUGAGCCACAGAACCCAGAUAUCUUGUCCUAGAUCUCAGUGUGUCUGUUCACAGUUUAUAUCUCAAAAAGAGAAGGAACAAGAAAGAAGUUUGAAAUGAGAUAUGUAAUACAGGGAUCACUUUGUAUUUAAUUUUUUGUGCAUAUGAGCACAAAAUGCAAAAACUGUAUUUCAGUUUUUUAAAAUAUUAAAGUCCUUAAUACUUGUUAGUUUCAUUAUGACUUUAUACAAUUUGGAUAGGUAAUUGAGUGUUUUUGUUGUUUGCUUUUAGAAAUUUCUAAAAGUAUAAAAGUAGAGACAUCUAACCUGGGUUACAGUGUUCACAGACUGUUCCAUGGUUCAAACAAGUAGGACACCAACACUUUCCAGGUGGAAAUUCAAGUUCAUUCAGGGACAUUAUCUUCCCAGUUUAAGGAAGCAAUAAUGUUGUCAACUCAAUGCUGAACAACCUUCAUGUUCUUUGAAAUGUCUUCAAAAUUUCUUUGGCUUUAAUUGCUCCUCUUGGUCAGUUGUUCAGAUGAAACAUUGUCAUUGUAUGUUAAAGAUUGAAUCUCCUUAAGAUGCUGCAGAAACUGAGAAGACAAUGGCUUUUUCAUACAUCUCCACCGCCCUCUGCAGUGAUACAUUUAGAGUUGGAUGCUGCUUUGGAAUUUGGGGUCUGUGUGAUGCUGAAUUUUUUUAUCUGUUUGAAAAUAUUAUGGUCCCUUCUUCAUAUCUGUAGUACUUGAUUCCAGGUCCCCCUGAAGUUACAAAAAUCUGAGGAUGCUCAAGUUCUUUAUGUAAAAUAAGGUAUAGUAGGAUUUGCCUAGAACCUAUACAACCCUCCUGUAGAGUUGAAAUGAUUUCUAGAUUACUUAUGAUUCCUAACACAAUGUCAAUGCUAUGUAAAUAGUUGUUAUACUGUACUGUUUAGGGAAUAAUUACCAGGAAUAAGUAUUCAUGUUUAGUACAGAUGUAUUUUUUUUUUUUUCUGAAUGGGUUGAUCUGGGUUGAAUCAGUGGAUGUAGAAGCUGUGGAUAUGGAGGGCCAUUGUACUUCUUCAGGAUGGCGGAACUCACUUUUGACUUGGCACUUCUUUUUCACUUCCUUCUACCAAAAGAGCACAUGGGAUUUUCUACUUUCCAUUCUAAGGUUGGAGCUGUUCCCUCUCCUGUAAGAAUCUGACUCACUGAAUGAAAUAGCUUAUGUUGUAUUCACUUCACUCUAAGAUGCUUCCUUAGAGAAUGUGUCUUUUCUCCUGAUCACUAUACACUUAUUUCCCGUGUAUAUUCCUAGAUGGUACAAGCAUUUCCAAUCCAUGAACAUCGUGGGCUGACAGGAAGCACACCACUCCUGCACUCAGCAUCCAUAUUGCCAAUCUCCACUGGACACUUCUGGAAACAUGCAGUAAACCUUCCACCAUCCCAGUUCUCCUGUGCAGUGAAGUGUUCCACAGCCACCAGUUCAGACACCAGAAGAUGCCAGGACUGGCAGAUGUCCCUCCUCUUAGCACAGAUCCAGUGGCUUCCUUCCUUAGUUGUCCUCCUCUGGAGCCUUACUUUGGACUUACAGCAAGGGUGACAAUUCAGAAUUCAGAGUGGAUUCUGAGAACAAACCCCUUGUCCAGGGCUCCAUUACGAGAUAUUCUAGGCCUUCUCCACAUAUCGUUGUUGGUUUAAGCAAACAUCAAAACUGAAAGGCAGGAUCUGAGAGUGGAGAACUAAGGAAAGAAAUGCUUGAGCUCAGAGGAAAAGACGUGAGACCCAGUGAGAAGCAGCACACCCACACGCUGAGCACCACACUGCAGGGCCACGCUCGCAGGGGGCAGCCACAUGUCUUCUGUGGCCAAUCAUUUUUACAGUGCUGAUAGAUGUCUAGAGAGCAUGAUGUUACCUAGAGAUUUAAACCUGUGUCCCCCUUAUCAGGCCCAGCCUCAGAUGCCUCUUGUACAGGUGGACCCUUGGCUGUAGACCAUAGUGAGUGGCCAGACACACUGGACCCAGUCAACUGUACAUUCUGGGUGGUUUCCAGGCAGCAAAUAGAAGAAAUAAUUUUUAUCUGGCAUUUGGAAGAAAAGGGUGUUAUCCCUUACUUUUUACUUUUCUGAAAUCGGAUUCUUAAUGCCAGAUAUUAUGAACAGAGCAUGCUGGUAUCACCCUGUGCUUCUCUGACUCUUGGUUGUGUAAUGUAUUUAUCCAUUUCAAUGCCCAUGGCUUUCAGUACAACCUGUUGUGUAUGUUCCACAAUGUACCUCACCAUACCUGUAAAGGCACUUCCAAAUAUUUUAAAAAGAAGAAAUAAAACAUGUUGGAUGA